AUGUCUCAACAACAGGACAGGGUUCCCGGGACCAUCCACCUAGUCAACACGAAUGCUCAUGACAUCGUAUUGCACCCACAGCCCAGUUCGGAUCCUGAGGAUCCGCUCAACUGGUCUCUCAAACGAAAGCGAUGGGCUGCCUCAAUGGUCUACAUCUACCUUCUAGGCAUAGGAAUCGCAACAACAGUGCAGUACUCGGUUAUUUCAAACAUCUCUGACGAGACAGGGAUCUCGGUCGCUGACCUUGACACCGGCACUGGUUUGAUGUUUCUAUUCCUGGGCUGGGGAUGCUUGAUCUGGCAACCGAUUGCCCUCGUCUUUGGACGACGUGGAGUUUUGAUUUUAAGCAGUCUCUUGUCUAUUGGACCCAUGGUAUGGACUGUGUACUCUCACUCUCCUGGUGUGUGGUACCUUCAUCGUAUCUUGCUCGGUGUCCUUGCCGCGCCGUGUGAAUCACUCCCUGAAAUCGCCAUGGCCGAUAUUUGCUUCGCACAUGAACGAGGACUCUAUAUUGGUAUAUACGCGCUCUUUCUCUUUGGAUCCAACGCCAUCGCCCCUCUGCUUGCAGGAUUCAUUACCCAUGGACUCGGCUGGCGUGCUGCUAUCUGGUUUGGCACAAUUGUGCUUGCCUGUACAACCGUGGUCAUCUUCUUUGGCCUGGAGGAAACAAUGUACUUCCGCCAAACCGUAGAAGGAAUUGAAGAGGAAGAUUCAGUCGCAGAAAACUCGCUCGCAGGUGAGAAGGAAGAAAAAAGCCCGGUACCGCGAAUUGGCACUCCCGCCACAACGACAACAGAACCACAGAAGUACGUGCAAAAGCUAAAACUAUUCCGCAACAUGGCCGGACGUCCAUCGGUCAAGCAAAUGCUCGUGAUGAUGUAUCGACCGCUUGUGAUAUUCUUGUAUUUCCCCAAUAUUUCCUCGGCUGGUUUUCUUUACGGCAGCAAUCUUUCCUGGUAUUUAGUUGUUAACGGGACCAUGAGCGCAGUGUUAAGCGGUGAACCAUACAACUUCGCAGCUAAUAUGGCCGGUUUAGCUUACGUAUCCCCCUUGAUUAGAUCCUUUGUUGGUGCUAUCUGGACUGGUUGGGUGGGUGAUAAGGUUGCGCUUUACCUCGCGCGGCGCAAUGGCGGUAUACGCGAGCCAGAGCAUCGUCUCUGGAUACUCAUAGGGUCAGCAUUGAUUGGCGCAGCUGGAUUUCUUCUUUGGCGUGUUGGGGCAGCUCGUCAGAUCAAUUCGGUUGCCAUCAUUGUUGGUACAGGAAUGGUCAUGGCUACUGUUACUGCAGGGGGUUCAGUCGCGCUAGCUUACGGCGUUGACUGCUUCAAAGAAAUCUCAGGAGAAGCAAUGAUGCUCAUCAUUGUGAUCCGGAACACGAUAGGUUUUGGAUUCUCGUACGGUAUCACACCAUGGCUUAAUGCUCAAGGCUAUGUCAAGACAUUUGUGGCUGUUGCCAUGCUGUCGCUUGGUUUUACUUUAACCUUUUUGAUCUUCGUCUUUUGGGGGAAAAGCUUGCGGAGGACGUCAGCUAAGAAACAUUGGCAAUAUGUCCAAACUCUUGUUGUACCCGGGAAACAUUGA